GUUGCAUGCAGGCCUUCAUUCUCAAUGAGAGCAAAGACGGAAGGAGACUAAGAGGAGGAGAAUGGAGAACACAAACCUGCAUAGAAAAUCCAAUUGAAAAAGCGUACCAAGCCGGGUCUUACCUGAACCUCCUGACUGAACUCACUGACACAGAUCUCUAGCUUGUUUGUUGAUAGAGAGAGGAGGAGCCAUGGGAACCGGAAUGUGGAGCGUAGUUAUUCUGUUCUGUCUGUCUUUCUGUGGCCACAGCCAAGCCCUCACAAAGCACCCCGUCCUCUCCCGGAUACGAAGGGCUCCGGAGGCCAAAGAAGAAAGCCGGAAGUGCUCCUACACCUUCCUGGUCCCCGAGCAGAAGAUCACAGGACCCAUCUGUGCCUCUCGCGGUUAUUCAAACGACAAGGACCGGGUGACGCGCCUGGAUGUGGCCGCCGUGCGCGACCUUCUGUCGAGGCAGCGUAGGGAGAUGGAGACCCUGAAGUUAGUGGUGGACGUCGAUGGCAACUUGGUGAACGAGAUGAAGCUGAUGAGGAAAGAGAGCAGGAACAUGAACUCCAGAGUGACCCAGCUCUACAUGCAACUGCUGCACGAGAUCAUCCGGAAGAGGGACAACUCCCUGGAGCUGGCCCAGCUGGAGACGCGCAUCCUCAACGCCACCAGCGAGUCGCUGCGCCUGGGGUCCAGGUACAGGGAGCUGGAGGCCAAAUACGCAGCUCUGUCCGCAGUGGUGAACAACCAGUCAGUUCUGAUUGGAGCCUUGGAGGAGCGAUGCAUGCAGGUGUACAGCCGCAGGCACGACCAGCCGCCCUUGGGGCCUCCGCUUGUGCAGGUGGUGCCGGAGAACCUUCCUGUUACUGUGCCACGUUUCACCAACGAGAUCCAGAGGGACAACACCCGGGGCUUUGCCCGGGAGAGGGGCUCUCGCUCCGGACCGUCACCCACGAGCGGCACCUUGGAAGCUCAGAAACCGCAUCAAAACUUCAGCUCUGAAGGUCCGUUCAGAGACUGUCUUGCGGCGCAGGAAGCCGGCCACAGCACCAGCGGCAUGUACCUGAUCAGACCGGACGAAGCCGAGAGGCCCGUCCAGGCCUGGUGCGAACAGGAUAUAGACAACGGGGGCUGGACUGUGAUCCAGAGCAGGAGAGACGGCUCUGUGAACUUCUUCAGGAACUGGGAUAACUACAAGAGCGGUUUUGGCAACAUCGACGGAGAAUACUGGCUCGGUCUGGAAGGCAUCUACAACCUGGGGAGGCAGGGGGACUACAAGCUGCUGGUGGAGCUGGAGGACUGGAUGGACAAGAAGGUCUACGCUCAGUACAGCAGCUUCCAUCUAGAGCCUGAGAAAGAGGGUUACCGCCUGCGGCUGGGCACCUACCAGGGCAACGCCGGGGACUCCCUGAGCAGCCACAACGGCAAACAGUUCACUACUCUGGAUCGGGACAAGGAUGCAUUCUCAGGUAACUGUGCCCAUUUCCACAAAGGAGGCUGGUGGUACAACGCUUGCGGCCAAGCCAACCUUAACGGUGUCUGGUACACCGGAGGCGUUUACCGCAGCAAAUUCCAAGAUGGGAUCUUCUGGGCGGACUACGGCGGAGGCUUCUACUCGCUGAAGUCUGUGCGUUUGCUGAUCAGGCCCAUAGACUGAGGAGAUACCGCAAGCCAGGCUGGUCCAGGUGUAAUUGUGGAGGCCCGGGAGCAAACUUGAACCUCAUUCUGUUACUGUACGUGUCAUCGGCAAUUUGUUGAUCCGAGACAACGCAGCGACACCGACAGAGAUUAACAUCCAGUUGCGACUUGAUCUGCCUCCUGUUACAGAUUUGAAGUCUGCGUGAAACGUUUUUCUCUUUAUAGCAUAAUAGAUACACUUUAUGGGGCCACAAUGACAGUUUAAAGUAAGCCAUACCGCUCUUUUAAUGAUGAACUACAUUUGAUGUUGAAGGAAUAAUUAAGGCCAUUUGUAGGUAAAUGAUGCUAGCUGUAUAUCUGAUUAAGAGACCACAGUGUUUCCUCAUUACUAAGUAACCCCGGGGAGAUGAGGCACCACAUCGAACACAGCUUCACUGCUAUCGAUGUCAUUCAGAAGCUUUAGCUUAACAGGAUCCAAAUGCAGCUCUUCCUACCUCGCCAAGAUAAACAUGUGGGCUAAAUGCUCAUACAUACAUUUUGUUACUACCUAUAUGGAUCUUUUUAGGCUCCAUAUCUAUUUCCAGAUCUGAAAAGAACCAACAUUGUUUGAUUACACAAAAACAGUCUCUCUCUGCACUCACAAUGACCUUUCAUACUGUAUGUUAAACUACUUUUUGACCAGGAAUGAUCAUUUAUGUGUACAAUUAACUUAUCAUAACAGUGAAAGGAGGCAGGAUGUCCUGAGGGAACAGUAAACAAUCCUACAGAAAAUAGAACACAUUUCCUCAACUGUGUAAAUGGCAUUCAUCAUUCUCAAAGUGUGCUUGCACAUGUGGAAAUGCUGUUGAAUGUUUUUCUCAUUUGGCUGAUGAUUCCAUUUCAGUAUGACUCGGGGGGUAAAAAGAAGCUUUGCUUGACGAGAAAAAAAGAUUAGUGUAAUUAGAAUUACAUUGUGUUUGGAGUGUUUUCGAGCAUAAAAAAUAUGCCGACCAAGCGUGUUGAGAGUUGUAGGCAAUGGGACAGACAAUGAGAAACACAUUGCUGGAAGCCGGACAGAAUAAAGAAAGAGAAAGACGGGAGAAAGGGGGAGGGGAGGGGAGGGGGAUGAAGGAAGAUGGAACUCAGCCAAAUUUCCAAAUUAUUUCCCCCCCCUCUUCCUUUUAAAUACACAGAAAUUGACAUUCUUUCCACACGGAAAGUGCUUGAACUGUAUGUUUUUGUAACAUAUCUUUUCAUUGACAAAGUCACGGCUGCUCUCUGUAAUCACCGGUAUGGCAGGAAAGCGGCAUCCUUUGGGGGAAACCAUCCGAGAGGAGAGGGGAGCUUUUCUUCUUCUGUUUUUUUUUUUUUUUUUUAACAUGUGGGUCAGCUUUUAACAACAGUCUUUGGUCUCUCAACUGAAAAUAGACCCUCAUAUUGUUCUGGUGUUCUUCAGACCACAAAGUCCCUCACACCCAUUUCUCACAAAGUUUUUAGAGCAAACAAAGAAAAGCCAGGAGGCUGCUCCAACCGGACAUGAAACAUGUUUACGAUCAUGUAAAAAAAAAAUAGCGGCUAUAAAAUUAAACUGUAAUAUAACCUGAGGCCAUCGAGUCAAAAUACUUGGUAGAACAUAAGUGCACAACUUAUAUCCAGGAUCACUUUGGAGUACAUACUUUCUUUUGAAUUUGAAGGAACUCCUUUCAUGUGCCGUGCUGAUUUACUGCUACGUCCUAAUUCGUGCUUAACUUAUAGUUUUUGGUACUUGUUCAGGUCAUAUGCCCAUUCCGAACUCGUCUUGCGUUUGUGAGUCACGCAGAUGAAAUGUUGCUCUCUUUCCAGCAGACACUGUUAAUCCACAGAAAGGGGCACAGCUGUAUUUAACAGAUGUUCUAUUAAAUGUGCGCAGCCUUGUGCUCUGUGUUGUCGGGAAAAUGCCUCAAAGACACCGACGAAUACAUCGCAGAGGCGUCUCCUUUAAAGUGGUGACACGUUCUGUGGAUGACAAGUCCCCAGUCCGGCUCUCAGCAUGAGCUGCAUGACUAUUAUCACUGUCUACUCUUUUAAACCUCAAACUUCCUUUAUGGUAAAUCGAGCUUUUGUUUUCUGAGGGUACUUUCAUUUGGCUACAUUCACUGCUGUUAUUUAAAAAGAAUAGUGGGAUAUUUUGGAAAAUACGUUGUUUGACAUAGAACUUGAUUGAGAGUUAAUACCCUCAUAUGCGGAUUAAAGUGUUACUUUUGGGAAAGUGCACUUUAAAAAAAAUGUUUGUACCAAAAGUCAAAUGAAAUCAUUGGCCUCCCACUAUUGCCUGGAUGGUAAAUAUGAAUAGGAAGUUUAGCAACUAAGUUAGCAUUAAGACGCGGAUUUGUUUUUUUCUUAUCACCCCACCGGGACCUCUAAAAGUCCCAGUGUAACAAGCCACGUUUUGAUUGUCUUACAUCUACAGAAAAUAAAAAGUAAAAAUCACAAGUUGUUUCACAAGCAGUUACUUGAAGGCUGAUCUGUCACUGCACCAAUUUACUACAAAUAAAACAGUCCAACCCAUAGAACCCCCUUAAAACAAUUAUUUUACAGUUCUUGUUUUUUAAGUGUUCAACAAAGCAAAUAAAACAUUUUGAUGGUGAGCUUAA